GUUUCUAUCCGAACAUAAAAACAACGCGCGGUAUCGGUUCCGGUGGCUCUGAAAUGAUAGCCGGGUAAAAGCCUGCAGCCGGUUCAGCCUGGUCUAAAUGUCAGACAUUUCUUAACAAGUGUAACCACUAUGUGUUCAUCAGGAGAGGCAUGGCUGAACGGCAGUAAUUAAAGUCCAGUUGAAUCAAAGCGUCGGAGUAAACACAAGCUACCUGCUGUUAUAAUGAGCUGCGUCCCGCUGAAGAGGGUCUUCAAGGACCUGCCAGUGUGGAUAGUGGAGGACCACCACGAUGUGGUGUGUCAUAUUUAUCGUGCCAUUGCAUCAAGACACCUCCCCAUGAAGAACAUUAAGAUGGUUCAUUUGGACUCCCAUCCUGAUCUGCUGAUCCCUGUCAACAUGUCUGCUGACACAGUCUUUGAUAAAGACAAACUCUUCAGUGAACUGAGUAUAGAGAACUGGAUAAUGCCCAUGGUGUAUGCUGGCCAUGUGUCCUGUGUGGCGUGGCUGCAUCCAUACUGGGCUCAGCAGAUCAGAGAGGGGGAGCACAGGAUGACUGUAGGCAGAGACUCAUCCACCACCACCAUCAGAGUGACAAGUAAAGACCACUACUUCCUCAGUGAUGGUCUGUAUGUUCCCGAGAGGCAGCUGGAAAACUCUAAACCCCUUCGACUGGAUGUGGUUAAAGUCAAUCCAGUUAAACCAAGCCAGCAGUCAUUCACAGCAAAGAAAACAGAGGAGGAAACAGAGACAUGGUUUGCCAAGAGAGUCCGCUCAGAGUGUUCAGAGGCCGGAGAGGCCAGCUGCUCUAAACCUCUCACGAGAUCCACUGACACUCUGCAACCAGCAGAGGGCAGCAACUCCAACAAGACAGACAGACAGGAAGAACAGAGCAGCAACGGGACAGGCCUGACAAAGAACAAUGAUGAUGAAGAGGAGGAGGGAUCCACUGGUUAUGUUGUUAAGAGGAUACUUUCAUCUCUCAGUGAGACAGAGCCGUACAUCUUAGACAUUGAUCUGGACUUCUUCUCGUGUAAGAAUCCCUUCAAGGAAUUAUACACUCAGGAAGAAUACGACAUCCUUCAGGAGCUCUACAGCUUCAGAGGACCCAGCUCUGAUGCUGAUGAGGAGGAGCUCGAUGAGUGCGUGGAUCGUCGCAUACGUCAGUUAGAAGACUUGGAAGCAGCAUUCGCUGAUCUGCUAGAGGACGAUGGAGAAGAGAGCGUCACACGCUGGGCCAGCAACCCUGGCAUGGCUUCAUUAGCCCAACUGGUUUCCAGUUUGAAGUCAAGAAAUCCGUCCCCAGAUUAUGAAAUGGUCCAUCAGGCAGGUUUAACCUGUGACUCCAUAGAGCUUCCUCACCAUAUCAGCCCUGAAGAGGAGAUCGACAGACUCAUUACAGCUGUACAGCUGUUUCUGAAGCGUCUGCCCAAGCCUACACUGGUGACUGUGUCCAGGUCCAGUCUGGAUGAAUACUGUCCAGCAGAGCAGGUGGAUUCAGUCCAGAGCAGAGUACUGGCUGUGCUGGAAAGCCUGUAUGGACCAUUAGACGUACAAAAGGACUAUGAAAGCACAAGCACAGAGACUCAGAACUGCCAACCACAGGCUUCUUGACACACAAACACACACACACACACACACCUUGACACAAGUUUAAUAAACACAAACACAAGUACAUAAAUGAAAACUGACAUGAUCACAUGUUCACAAACAUGACUGCUUUUUCUAGAUGCUGUUGCAGUGAAUUGUGAAGUACAUACCUGUCUGUUGUCCAGCAGCUGGAACAGGUUUUGAGGUGGUUUGUGCUGAUUACUGUGUUAAAUGUGCAACUCUUGUGAACUUGCCAUAGAAGCUCUCCAUCCUGAUUGGUUAAAGGACGAGUCUGGUCAUAUUUUAUAUUUUUUAUUGUUAUCAAAUCCCAUGAAACCAACUAAGACUUGAUCUACUAACAAGUGUGUGUAUGAAGGCUGACAGAUCUUAUUCCUCUGUAUCAUAGAGCUCCAUUGUUGGAACUAUUAAAAACACCUCAAUGAGAACCAUUGUUGCACUAGGUGAAUUUUAACGUUGCUGUGCAUCUGCUGGAUGAGUAAAAAAGGCAACAGUUUGAUAACAUAUUCUUUAAUCAACUUAAAAUGUGAUGUCUGUGUUGUGUUUAUUUCUGCUGCCCCCAAGUGGCUGUUAAUGUAGGUUUAACAUGUAGUUGGUGAGUGACAGGUUUUUCUCAGCAGUACUUGAAUGGUACUGGUGUGAUAGUGGUGCUGAUGGCAAAAUGAGGUGCAGUGUGUGCAUGUUUCAAAUGUUUAAUCACCCUGCUGUUGAGUUGUUAGAAUUGAUGUGUUUAGUGUUUCAACUUUUCCGUUUAUAAAAGAAAGAUGAAUAUAGUUUUGUUCAUUUAAAGUCUGACUGUGGAUUAAAUUAUUUUGGAGACAG